UCUGAGCAGAGCCAAUACUGUUGUUUAUGUCCUGUAAACAAUGUUUAGUUCUUGUAUAAAUAUAAAAGGCACUGUUGUUGAUAGGUUUAUGAGGUGAAAUAUGUGCUCUGAUUACCUUCAGGACAUGGUGAUGUUUUAAUAGUGCCAAACCAUGGUGUAGAAUGUCCUCAUAAAAGUUGAUUUCUCGUAGCAGUGAUCUCUGCAGGUUGGGUUACGUUUUGUCUCCACUGCAAAGCCAACAUUACAGUAACUGUAGAGCUGUAAUGUAAUCUGAAAAUGAAACUUUACACAAAUCGAACUGCUGAGAGAAAUUUCUAUCAAGUAAGAUUCUGGCUGUUUUCAGUCUCUAAAAGAGCACAUUUCUGCCUCCAACAAAUAGCUUAUAUCAGUUAAGGUAAAAAAUGUAGUGACUUACAACAUACAUGGAUACCAGUGCACAGGUCAGGGAUCAGAAUGCAGAAAGAAAUUAUUUGAUUCUGCUGACAAAUUGCCAACCGCCCUGAGAAGCUUUAGCUAAUAAAACGAUGCAGAAAGUGAACGAGAUGGAAAUGGUGUCAAAAUAUAAGGGAGUGCUACAGGUGUGGGCUAUGUGAAGUGCUGACUUUGCUUGCAGUGGCAAUGCUACACUCCCACAUGACCUGCAGGCAUGAGGCAUCACAGAGCAGCCGCUCAGUCACAGCGACAGAGUGACGCUGAGGCUGACUAGCCUGCCGGACUUCAGCAUCUCCGGCUGACCUCUCUGAAGCAGGACCCUGCCGUUCUGCUCCUGUUCUCGCCAUGUUCGUCUACCUCAGGCACGGCGACAAUGAGCAAUUCCUGGUCAACCCGAACUGUCCUGUCAUCCUUCUGCUGGAACACAUCAAAGUCAAACUGCAGCUGUCCAAGACAGACCUGGUGGAUCUUUGUGACGAGGGCGGGGCUCUGAAGCUCCUCUUCCUGUCCCAGCAGCCUCAGGAAUGCGCCCGCCUGCAGCUGCCCCCCCGCUGUUACUUCACCGUCUGCUCUGUCCACCGGAGAGUGAUGGACGGUGCUUAUGUCUCCAUCUCUCCUCUCCUGGCAAAUCCUGAUCCCGCACUGCUGGAGACUCUGCAGACUCAGACAGACAGUCUGGAGAAGACUCGAGUGAUGCAGCUCCGCUCCCAGGAAGAUGAACAAAAGAGGAAGAGUGUUGUUAAGUCCAAGAGGCGUGGUCGUGCUGUACGUCUGGACAUCCCUGGAGAGAAACCAUUUCAUCCAACAGGGCGGAGGAGAAGAAGAAGAAGUUGAGAGUCCACACACACACACACACACGCGCACGCGCGCGCGCACACAUGCACACACACAAUCCGUGAGCAUAACAAAACUGCUCUUUCUAAACAGAUGUGUGAUGUCCUUCGAGUUGUAAUGUGGAAGUGACCGUUCUCAUGCCCAGAAAAUGUUAGACCUGAGGAAAUGAUUCAUUUGAAAUAAGUUCACUCUUUAGAUACUGCAGAUCUCAGAGAAUUCUCAGUGCAAAGCAUACAGUCAAAUAAAAGAAAGUCAUACUGCUGUA